GCAAACAGCAUUUAUCUACGCCACUUGUUUCCAUGGCUACCUGUUCAUUUCCACUCUCUCUUUUCCCAUUCGAUCACCACAUAGCUGAUGAAGCAGAGAUUUUCCAUGGCGAUUACCAUUUCGACUCCUCUGCUUCUGGAUUCCCCUGGCUCUCCUUGUUCUUCUCCACCUCUUCACUUCCAGGUUAGAACGAGACCCAUUAAUUUUUCUCUUGUUGAAGCUCGUCCGAAUGUCCGAAAGGAAGACAUUGUCAUCGUCGGAGCUGAAAUCGCAGGUCUCGCAACCGCAUUGUCCCUUCACAAGCUUGGAGUUCGGUCAUUGGUGCUCGAUCAAGCGGUGUCGCUUCAAACCAGUGGAACCUCACUAACGCUCUUCAAGAACGGAUGGAGUGUGUUGAAUGCAAUUGGGGUUGCCGAUGAUCUCAGGACCCAGUUUCUUGAUAUUCAAGGGUGA